CGGGCGCUCCAGCCGCUGCUAGCGAUUCCCGGAAUGAUCUCUCUAGGCGGGGGAAUGCCCAGCGCCUCGCAGUUUCCCAUUCAGUCGAUUGCCGUAACGCUCAAAGAUGGCGCUCAGAUCGAACUCGACAACGUGGAACAGCUGCUGCAGUACUCUCCAACGAAGGGCUUGCCACGGUGGGUGUGAGGGAGAGAGAGAGCGAGGCACAAGUGUAUCUGUUUCCGUCCAAAUGAAUCGCCUGUGUGUGAAUAUGUGUUGUGUGUUUUGUGUUUGUGUGUGUGUGUGUGCGUUUCAGGUUGGUAGAGCACCUGAAGUUGCUUCAGGCGCGUGAGCACGGGAAGGACCCGGGCAGCUUUGACUUGUGUGUGACGACGGGCAGCCAGGACGCCCUCACCAAGACGUUUGAGGCGCUGCUGAACCCUGGUGACCCCAUCCUCAUAGAGUCGCCCACAUACAGCGGCAGCCUGGCCUUCCUGGAGCCUUUUGGUGCUCAGCUGGUGGAGGUGCCCACCGACCACGAAGGCAUCGUGCCGUCGCUGCUGCGUGACAUCCUGGCGAGAUGGUCGGGCACGCCGCGGCCGAAAGUCCUUUACACGGUCAGUGACACACACGAAUAUUGAUGGAUAGUCUGCUUGCGUCGUGAGAUGUGUGUGUGUGUGCGUGUGUGUGCAGAUUCCGACUGGCAGCAACCCCAGUGGCGCCACAAUGAAUGUCGAGAGGCGGCUGCAGCUCCUCGAGAUCGCAAAAGAGUUCGACCUGUUUAUCAUCGAGGUACGCGAACGUGCUCACCCACUGCACGAUACAUGCAGCCGACUCACUAGAUGCGUGUGUCGACUUCUGCCCGCCUUUGUUUGUUCAGGACGACCCCUAUUAUUAUCUGCAGUUUUUGCCUUCCCGGCUGCCCUCCCUCUUCUGUCUCGACAAGGACGACGGCCGUGUGGUUCGCCUCGACAGCUUCUCUAAAAUCGUCAGUGCCGGCCUGCGGCUCGGCACAGCCACCGGACCCCGGCAGCUCAUCGAGCGCAUCGAACUGCACACCCAGGCCACAUCGCUGCACACAUCCGGCCUCUCCCAAGGCCUGUUGCUGGCACUGUUUGACCACUGGCGAAGGCAGCAUGAUGGCCAGCCAGAAAGGGGAUUCCAGGAUCACGUCAAGGGCGUUGCCGAGCACUAUCGCACCCGGCGCAACAAGUUGGUCGGCGCAGCGAAGAUCUGCCUGGGCGAGACCAACGACAAAGUGCGCUUCAGCCUGCCGCUGGCCGGGAUGUUUCUGUGGAUGGAGGUGUGUGUGCCGGGUGUGGAUGACACCACUGAGCUGAUCAAAAGCAGGGCGGUCGACAAGAAGGUGCUGCUGCUGCCGGGGUCAGCUUUCUAUGCCACCAAGACAGCACCACCUGACACACAGCAGCAGAAGGUGCGCAAGUCGCGGCAAGUCCGGGCGGCCUACUCGACGGCUACCGACCAGGAGAUGGUCGAGGCCAUGAGACGCUUCAAUGACAUUCUCUCGUCUGCAAAUGCAUCUCAGUCAGUCAGUCGGCCAACCGGCCACAUCAGUCAGGCAUGACAAUGGUGCUGUGCAGAAUUAAUGUGCUUUGUGGAAGGUCUCGAUUUGUCGGUUGUGUAUGAGUUGUGUGGAAGUUGAGUCGUGUGGAAGUUGACUUGAUUGCAUGAAUAGGUUGA